AUGCCACCCCAUAAGAUCGAGACUGGACAUCAAGAUGUGGUGCAUGAUGUCGCCAUGGAUUACUAUGGGAAGCGCUUAGCUACAGCCUCCUCUGAUAACACAAUAAAGAUCAUUGGCGUAAGUGGAAACUCGCACCAGCAGCUUGCAACUUUGAGUGGACACCAGGGCCCAGUAUGGCAAGUCGCAUGGGCUCAUCCCAAGUUUGGUUCCAUGCUCGCAUCCUGCAGCUACGACGGCCGGGUGAUCAUCUGGAAGGAAGGAAGCAAGCCUGAUGAAUGGGCACUGGUACACACCUUUGCUGAGCACAAGUCCUCUGUGAAUUCCAUCGCAUGGGCCCCUCAUGAGCUGGGUCUAUGCUUGGCUUGUGGUUCAUCAGAUGGGAACAUUUCAGUCUUCACUGCUCGUUCUGAUGGAGGUUGGGAUACCACACGUAUUGACCAGGCGCAUCCAGUCGGUGUGACCUCAGUUUCAUGGGCUCCGGCAAUGGCACCGGGAGCUCUAAUCAGUGCAGGAUCUUCUGGUCAGUUUGAGUAUGUUCAGAAACUCGCUUCUGGUGGCUGCGACAACACGGUGAAGGUGUGGAAGCUCAACAAUGGGAGUUGGCGGAUGGACUGUUUCCCUGCCCUACAGAUGCACAAGGACUGGGUGAGAGAUGUUGGGUGGGCGCCAAACCUAGGCCUUCCAAAGUCCACCAUUGCCAGCGCCUCUCAGGAUGGAACAGUUGUUAUCUGGACAGCAGCAAAAGAAGGCGAGCAGUGGGAAGGCCGGGUGCUUUAUGAUUUCAGAACCCCUGUGUGGAGGCUGUCGUGGUCCCUGACUGGGAACAUACUGGCGGUGUCUGACGGCAACAACAAUGUGACCCUGUGGAAGGAAGCUGUGGAUGGCGAAUGGCAGCAAGUGACGACCGUUGAGCCAUAG